GCCGGGUACCAGAUAUCCGGUGCAGCUUCCAGAACGCAUAACCAGUUUCUAGUCGAAUGGGAAACUCGCAGAGUCGUCGAUAUGUCAGGGGAAGGAAAGAGCCCGCCGCUCGACACGCCCGCGUUUGAGCGCAAGAUGCAGUCGCUGGAGAGCAAGCACGGCAGCGCGCAGUCGCUCAUCACGCUCGACGUCCGAGAAGCCGAGACGCCGUCGCCGCCGCCGCCAGCUCCGGCGACCGACUUUGCCGCGGGCUUUGGCAUCGGGCUCUGCAUCAUGUUUUACGCCUUUUGCGCCCGCCGCCCCGACGACGCUCUGCGCAGACCGUGCACGCAAUAUGGUCUCGCAAUCGGGAUGCUGGCCGCCGCUGCGCUUCUCUCGUGCGGUCUCUACUACGCGGCGCAGCUCUACUUUGUCUAGCUAAUUAAAUUAAACGCACAAUAUUAUCGUCAUUUCGGAUCGCA